ACGUGAUCAUAAUUUCCUAAAAUAGACAUUUUCGUCACAACAAAAACAUUAUUUGUCAUUCUAAUAGAAAACACGUAUAUUGUCUACUUUCGCGACAAAGGUAAUUAUAAAGGAUAUUAACUAAACAGACGAAUACAGCAUAAUAUUAAUAAUGAGAUUUGGUAUGGAUGAUGAGCCUGAUGUAGACAAAAAUGAUCAAAAAAAUAUGGAAGAAGUAAACACAGAAGAGGAAGCUGCUGCCAGCUCAACAGGGGAGACAACAAACAAAAGAAAAGAAUUUGCUAUGGUUAUCUUUCAUAACAUUCCUGAAACCUACCCAGCAGAUGCUCACAUUGAAUGUGGUUAUACUCUAACAUCUGACCUAACACCAAGUAGAAGUGACUGGAUUGGGUUGUAUAAAGUUGGUUGGUUGUCGACCAGAGAUUAUAUUUACUAUGACUGGGUCAAUAUACCAUCUAGUUAUGAAGCUGGGAAGGAUGCUGAGGGACACAUACUGUUUCCUUCUCACAAACUGCCGAAUGAUGAUGGAGAAUUCUACCAGUUCUGUUACGUAACAAGUUCUGGGCAGAUCAGAGGAGCCAGUACACCAUUCCAGUUCAGAAGGCCAAGUGCUGACGACUUUCUGGAGAUUGAAGACGAAGAAACUGAAAUGCUGGUUAUAAGAUCAAAGACAGUCGUAAUGGAAGAAAAUAUCAGCAAGCUAGAAUCAGAGAAAACUGCUUUGUUACAGAUGCAACAUGACCUUGAACUUGAGAGAGAUGAACUUGUAAACAAACUGUAUUCACUGGACCAGAACCUCCAGGAAGUGUUGCAGCAAAACAAACAUUUAUCUGACCAAGUUAAUGUUGACAAGCAGACGAUAGGGCAACUACAACAGGAAGCUAAGGACCUAAUCAUGGUCAGAGAUGAGGUUCAGCAAAAAGCUGAUACAGUGAAAAGGGAUAGAGAAACAAUCCAAGACAAGGUCAGCAGAUUAGAUGAGGAGAUAUAUAAGCUGAAAGAAUUUGUUAAAAGACUACAGAAUGAGAAAGAUAAUUUGGAAGGGGAAAAUCUCAAACUGAAACAAGGCAUAGAUAUGUACAAGCAACAUUUUACCAAACAAGAAGGAACAGAUAAGGAGUCUGCACGUCAAAUUGAAGAUUUAGAAAUAAAACUUGCCAAACAGGAGAGCCUUGUUGAACAUCUGAAGUCAAACCUUGACAGUACAAAAGCUGAAUUAGAACAAACCCAGCUAUUGCUUCAUAGACAGGGAGAGAUUUUGUCUUCAGAUAAAGAGAACAUUGAUUACUUAUCAGAAAAGAUUCAGAACUUAGAAGACAAAUUGGCAGCUGCUGAUAAUGUCAAAGAGCUACUCCAGGAGGAACUUAAAACAUUCACAGAACAUAAUCAUAAAAUGGCUAAUGAUUUACAGAUGUGUAAAGAAGAGAAUCAUACCUUGAAGCAGAAACUGAGUCAAGAUCAAGACGUCUUAGGAUUACAAGUAUACAACUUACAAAUUCAGCUUAAAGAAAAAGCAGCUGAAAUUGAGGCCAUACAUGACCAAGUGGAAGAGAAAGAAAAAAAUUUGGCUUAUGUUCAGUUGCAAGUAGAGAAGUUAAGAACAGAUAAUUCUGAGCUGGGAAACAAACUAGAAAAGGCUUCAGAAACCAGUAUUGAAGGUUCAAUGCAGUGUCUUGUUAUUGCACAGUCAACACUCAAAGACAGAUAUUCCAAAAUGGAGCACCAUCUCUCACAAUAUCAGACUGAUUCUGCAAAGAAACAGAAGGAAUACAAACAGGAGAUAAAGGACAUGAAACGUGAGAUUGAAGAUCUGAAAGAGAGGCUAACAAUGGGAUCAAAUGAGUACAGGAACUUGUACAUUGAAAAUAGGAAACUGACCAAAAAAAUGGAAAAGUUGGAAAAAAGAAAACCUUCACGCCAGAGCUCUGAGACAGAUGUUAUUACAAUAGAACAAUACCAGAUGACCUCACCAGAUAUGUCUGCUGCAGAGAAUGUGAUUGAGAACCAGCUUCAGAGUGACUUAGACGAUGUUGGCAAAGAACUGGAUCUUAGACAAGAACAAAAAUUAAAAUACAAGAUUAGUUUAAUUGAGGAAAGAAAGAGAGCAGAAAAGCUAAAGAAGGAAUUGAAAGAGAAAGAUGAUGAAAUAGAGAUGCUGAAAAAGUCUUUGAUUGAAAUACAAAAUGAAAAAGAUGUCAAAGUCAGGUCUUUGGAGAACUACAUGGCAGACAAAGACAAGACAAUUGAUGAACUAAACAGAAAAAUAAGAGAUUCAAUUAAUCUACAUGAUGGACCAUGCAAGAUUCAUUCCUUGGAAGGUAGUGGUGCUGCUUCUUCCCUUGAGAAACCUAAAACAUCGACUGAAGGAAACAGCUACCCAUACAUGGUAUAUCCUCCUUACCAGGGACAGACCCAACCUAUGGUGUACCCUCAGCAGACUCAGGCCUCACCGAUAGUUUACCCAUCACAACAUAGAACAAGCAUGUGUCCAUCACAGGGUCCAAUCAUGUAUCCACAUCCACAGAAUUUCAUUCUUCCACCACAAUACAAAAGACGUGCUGAAGAGGGACAAAGUGCAGCUGCCUCCCCUCCAGUUCCCCCUCCCCGUACAGACUUAAAGAAGACACCAACUCAAGAAGAUGUAAACCCUGAAGUUAAAGCAUUGGACCCUCCCCUUCGACCCCUCCCACCACCAAUGAUACCAGAGAGACUUCAGACAUCUAAGACAGCAGAAGUGGUCCAUCUGAUUUGUGGAGCAGAAGGAGGAAACAGUAUACCAUCAGCACCACCCAUGCAGGACAUGAAAGAAGAAAGAUUUGUUGAUGCUCCUGGUGAAGGGAUGAAGAUUUGUCCAGUGUGUUCCAGUACUUUUUCGGCUGAUGUCAGUGACGCCAAUUUUGAGGAGCAUGUUAUUGGUCACGUUGGUAGAAUAUGUCCGUUGUGUUACAAUAUUGUUGAAAAUUGCACAGAUGAAGAAUUCCAACGACAUGUCAACCAACAUCUGGAUUCUAAAAACAGUUGUGACAUUCCAGAUCCCAAAGAGCCAAUAGAAUUCGACUAAAUUGUUGAAGACUAUUUAAGUUUCGAAAAUAUCUGAUUAUGUUAUUAUGUUAUUAAUGUAAAAACAUGAAAACAUUGAAUUUUACUUGAAAGAUGAUCAUGUUCACAUGGGAAAAUAUUUAAAAGAAAAUCUUAUACACAUAAAUUUACAAAGUACACAUAAAUUUACAAUGAACAUUUAUUUUCAUUGUGCUAUCUUGUACACAUGGGAAAUUAUUUAAAAGAAAAUCUUGUACACACAAAUUUACAAUGAAAAUUUUAUUUGUUCCUGUUUGUAAUUUGUUCACAUAGGAAACUAUUUAAAAGAAAAUCUUGUACACAUAAAUUGACAAUGAAUAAUUUGUUUCCUAUUUGUAUCUUGUACCAUGGGAAACUAUUUAAAGAAAAUCUUGUACACAUAAGUUACCAAUGAAUAUUUUGUUUGUUGUUGUGGUUAUUUAAUAUGAUUUUUAGUCUUGACAGUAUUGACAACUCUGGUUAUGGUACAGAAAAAGAGAAAAGUGAAUUUACUUUCUUUUGAUCAAUGUAAUGUAAAA